ACAGCCUUUAGCAAAGUGUUAUUUACGCGUGUUCCUAUCUGACGAGGACUAAACAGUCGGGACUCUAUUUACAUUUGCACCGAAAGCAUGAUCAUUAACGGCCAUAUUUGUUUAUUUCACUGACGUACGUAGUGUUUACAAAUCGCAAUUUUUAGUUGUAACUAGUCCAGAUAGGUGACUCUGGUAGUUUUUAUAGCAGUUUAAGGAUGCCGAAUUGUGAUUUACGUAGGUGGGCACAUGAAACGCAGGAUUAAGCGAAGGUUUGUGUGCUAAAGGACAUGCAAAGUUUAAGCUCGGAAGACUUGAACUAUUUGCCCGACACGAACUUUAGAGCGACCGAUUUGGUAAAUUUCUCUCUAUAUUUUAGCCCUUAAACCGCGGGGCGCUAUUAGUGUACGCUGAAACCACGGCUUUCUUCAAAUUAUUUGCGUUCUCUCCACCACGCUGCCAGCCGAUAGUUAUCAACAUGGGCAACAGCUCUCAAAAGGGGCGACACAUUUCAGGCGAAGACUCCGGCCCCUCCCUUACUGCUGACAGGUACAUAGAGCAGUCCUCGUUUGAAUCAGAGAACAUCAAUGACUUCCCUCAGCCUAGAUAUCAAAGGAGAGCACGAGCAGCCACCACUCUCAGCCAGACGGACAAUCGUGAGCGGGAAACAAAGCUUCUACCUACAGUGUUCAAGUGGGAGGCUGGAGGGAAAGACGUCUAUGUGUCCGGUAGCUUCAACAACUGGAAAAGCAAAAUACCACUGGCAAAAAGCCAUGGAGAUUUCUAUACAAUUGUUGAUCUACCCGAGGGAGAACACCAGUAUAAAUUCUAUGUUGAUGGCAGUUGGAUGCACAAUACCAAUGAGAAGACUCAGAAAUCUGGAUUAUCCGAUGACCCAACGAAACCAAACAACAUGGGGUCAUUUAAUAACACUGUGACAGUGAAACGUUCGGAUUUUGAAGUCUUUGAGGCAUUAGACAUUGAUCUACUCAACACAAGUCAUAAAAACAAGCACACCACUGAGUUGUCAAGCUCGCCCCCCGGGGAUUACGCCCAAGAUAUCCCUGUGAGACCCACAAGCGGCAAACAGAGCGGGCCACCGUUUCUACCUCCACACCUGCUUCAAGUCAUUCUCAACAAAGACACGCCGGCACAUUGUGAGCCAACCUUGUUACCAGAACCAAACCAUGUGAUGUUAAACCAUCUGUAUGCUCUUUCAAUAAAGGACGGUGUAAUGGUUUUAAGUGCCACCCACAGAUUUCGGAAGAAAUACGUCACAACAUUGCUGUAUAAACCUAUCUAGCUGUGAUAAAACUGCCCUGUUAGCUUAAAGACAAUUAUUUAGUAAAUUGCGUUGUAUUGUUACAUGUUAAGCUAUAAUUGUGAGAUGUCCUUUGUAAAUAGUCUGUUAUUUUAACAUCUGCAGUAUAAACCAUGUUGUUGUAUAGUAUAAUGGAUACAUGUUAAUGGGCAUAAAUAUUGAGAAUUGUUACUUGACUGUUUUAUCAGCAUAACCUGAGUGAUCUCAGAUUAUUGAAUAGAAAUUUUAGCUUUGUUUGUGGUCUCAUGGUAAACCUUAUGACAAUAGUUUUAAAUAUAUCAGGCUGUCAACUGAUUUCUAUAUUCCUAUAAAUCUACUAUAUUUUGUAUAAAAUUCCUCAAUUUAAGUACACCCCAAUAUAUCAUUAACUUCACUUACUGUAAAACCAUUAAAUUUCGUGUGGUACGAAUUUUCGUGGAUUUCGUUGUUCCGCCGAACCACGAAUUCAAGUACCAACGAUUAUUUUUACAUUUUUAAUCCGGAAUUGGUCUUUUCCGAAUGUCAUUGCGGACAUUCUCUAUUGUUUUCGGUUAUCACAGAUAUUUGAUUGAGAUAUGCUAGGUAAUACAAUAUGUUGUUUUCUUGAUAAGUGUUUGGGUAAUAAUACUUUUUUAAUCAAGCGUGGACUUUAAACUGUACAUCAACGAUUGUUCUCUUUUACGUGACGUCGUCAAAUUGACAGUUUGCAGAUUUAUCACAUAUGUCAAUUAGUGCCAAUUAAAGUUAAAAGAGACAAAACGGUUUUCACACCUGUAUUUUGGGGACCUUAUUACUCAAUUGUUUCUACUAGGGACCGAUUGAGCAGAGAAUUGCAAAUAUUGUCAAAACAACAUUGAUGGCAAUUAGCGAGCGGGGACACACAAGAUAGCCGCUUUAUUCGCUUUUAUCGACAAUUAUCGGCAACACUUCCAUGCUUCAGUGCACAUUAAUCACAAGCCUUGCUGUCAACACACAUUAGCAGAUUAUUCUUCGUUAUUACUCUGGUUGUUUUUAGAAAAGUUUAAUUAUUAUGACUGUCAAUCUUCCCCGAAAAUUUGAAAUCCACGAAAUUACGUGUCAACGAAUUAGUUGUUUUGUAUUAAACCACGAAAUUUCAUACCGACGAAUUUAU